UACUCGAUGUGCGGCGGGGGUGCAGCUCUGGCCGUUCGCCCAGCCCUGGAAAACCACGCCAGUCAUUUUUGUUUUGAUAAGGAUACGGAUACAAAAAGAGCGUGGCCUGGAAAAAUUGCAGAAACGGCGGAGAAAGCGCCCCAAAAUCGAGCGAAAGUGGUGUAAACUAAGCGUUGGGCGGUACGUGACAAAGUGGGCGCGGAUUCGAGCAUCCCCAAUCGCUACGUGGAAGCGUAAGCAGCGUGUCGAAGAAGAGGAGAAGAAGAAGCAGCCGAAGUACACAGAAGUACAACCAGACGGCUAAAAUAACAAAUCAAAGAAGGCCCAGAAAAGGUGGUGGUGGCAGAGACGGGGCGAGGAAUGGCCGAGGGUCGUCGGUGGCUGCCAUUGUAUAACGCUGCCGAUGGGCAGACUGUAGAUCCGCGCUAGGAUCCCAUCUCGAAUACCAUGCAUCUUAACCAUGCGACCGCCGCGACGGCAGCCAUGGCGAACUAUCAGCACUAUCAGCUGCCAGCCUCACAUGGGGGCGGCGGCGGAGGAGGAGGUGGUGGUGGGGCCAAUGGUGGAUCUGGGCCAGGUCCAAAUCCAGGCCAACAGCAGUCCACCACUCUGGCCAGCCUACAGCAGAGCCCGUUUGCCUUGCAUCAACUGACUGCCGUGCAGGCCAUUCAACAUCCCACCCACCAGGCCAUGCUCCAUCCACAACACCCGCUGGUCCACUUACUGGACAUAUCCACUACCACGGCGAAUAGUGGCGGCGGAGGUAAUCAUACGCCCAUUUCGCCCAUGAAACAAGAGGUGCAGAGCGUCAUCAGCGAGGAGGAGGUGGUAGUGGACGAUCCACGAAAAAAGAAACAGUGCCACGUAUGCAAGAACAAGUUCCGGCAGCUAACCACGUUACGCAACCAUAUGAAGAUCCAUACGGAUGAGCGGCCCUACAAGUGCAAACACUGCGACAAGGCCUUCCGCCAAAUCUCAACGUUGACCAACCACGUGAAGAUCCACACCGGCGAGAAGCCGUUCACCUGCAACAUCUGCGCUAAGGACUUUCGCCAGCAAAGCACCUUGAUCAAUCACAUCAAGACGCAUAAGGCGGCGGAGUCCAGCACGCCAACGUCUUUGCUGAACUACCAGCCGCAGACUGGUAGCGGCAAACACAGGAAAUCGCAGAUGCAUCAAGCCUACCAGCAACAGCAUCAGCGCGUCCAAAUCUCAAAGACCUUGUACUCCGGCAGUUACAGCUCGCCGGCGGCCGAAGAGCUGGUGAAGCCGUUCCAGUGCAGUGUCUGCAAGCGUCGCUUUCCACAGCUGAGUACGCUGCAUAACCACGAGCGGACCCACAUCGAUCCCAAACCGUACAAGUGCGAGACGUGCGACAAGUCCUUCAGCCAGCAGGCGACACUGAUCAACCACAAGAAGAUUCAUACGGGAGACAAGCCGUACACGUGUUCCUACUGUCACAUGCAGUUCCGCCAACAGAGCACCCUCACCAACCACCUCAAGACGCACUCACACCAGAUUGCGCCUGGAGGUGGUGGUGGAACCGGAGGCGGCGGAGGCGCCGUCACAGCCACAGUGGAUCACUCAAUGCCCGCACCUCUGGCGCCAGGGACGCAGCAGCUGACGACUGGGUUGCUGCCGAACAACCUGCAUGGCAGCACGCCGAACAUCAUCCAGCUGGAUCACCAUCCGCUACUGCAUUUCCUCGAUGGCAGCACCACGGUAAGCUCGGUGGUGGCCUCGGCGGCGGCCAAUACCAAGGUGGAGCAUUUCCAGGCGGGCGGGUCACCGCCGGGCCGCAUGACAGUCGUGGGCAACAUCAACAUGCUGAAGGGCGAUAAUCCGGACCGGCCGUUCGGCUGCAGUGUAUGUCAACGGUUUUUCUCGCAGCAGAGCACUCUGGUCAAUCACAUCAAGACGCACACCGGCGAGAAACCCUACAAGUGCAAGAUCUGCGAGGUCAACUUCCGGCAAGUGGCCACGCUCAACAACCAUAUGAAGAUCCAUACCGGCGAAAAGCCCUACAACUGUUCCUACUGCCCCAAACAGUUCCGGCAAAAGAGUACGCUGCAAAACCACCUAAGGGUACACACCUGCUAGACCCACUCCAGAUCCAGAUCGCUAUGCGAUCCAGGUCCGCAGCCAGCCAGCCAGUCAAGCAGCCAUUGAGGAAUAGUGCAAUAUGCAUGCCACAUAGCACAUACACUUAUAGAUCGCAUAUACGGCAUACGAAUACGAUUACAUGAAUAUUAUAUUUGAAUAUAUACUCGAAAGUGUUAUUUACCUGCUGUGCAGAGCGCAAUUGUAUGUAACUAUAUCGUAGAGAGCUGAUCCACAUGCGUGUCCAAUUGUAAAUUAAGGCUAGCCGUAUUCGCAUAAGCCACGAAUGAUAUGAUACAGGGUGUUUAAGCCUAAACUCUAUACUAUCCUAGUAUGGGUCGAUUUGAAUCGGUGCAUAAGUAAUCUUUAGGCUUUCCUAAGCCAUGUAGUUUAACGAUAAAAAUGAUCUUUAAAUUUUCCCUUUGCAAAAAUUUUGAAUUUGUAAAUUUAACAAUUGUAUAUUGCUAGUUUUGAUAAGGAUCAGAAAAAUUUCUACUCAUUUUGUUUAAAUUAUUUUUAACCUCGA